AUGGCAACCAUACUUCGGGCUCGUCGGUCUGAUAGUGAACUUUCAAAUACUUUGAAUGCUCCAGAGCCAUGCCUCACGACGCGACCUCUCAAACGUCCACGACUGACGACGGGAACUCCAGAUUUCGCAGCUCAUAGUGGCAACUCAAGUGAUCAAGGACUCAGUCUAUCUCGACGAUUAAUGCUUCGCGAACUUGGUCAUACUUCGACAAAUUUAGCAUGGCAGUCAAGAUGGUUAGAUUAUAGUCAUGAAGCCAAGCUCUUUUGCUCACCCGCUACAAGCAGUCAUAAGAUACAACUAUCUGAAUUUUGUCCUGCUAAUGCACCAUUUUGCAUUGAAUCGUUUCGUACUCAACCAUUAACAGUGGUUGGUUUCGAGGGUGGUGAUCUUUGCAUGCUAGGCUCUGAUACUGGAUCUCGCCAGGGAUUAUUUUUGGGGAAUUCUCGAAACCAUCAUAAUAAUUCCAUUUUUGAUCUGAGUAUUUCUCAUAACGACAGUCAUCUGGCAUCUACAUCUGGUUCACUUGUGAAGAUUUAUGAUUGCGAACGGAACUCUGUGAUACAUGGAAUUGAAGCACAUAAUGAUGGAAUGUUCAAGCAGUGCAAAUUCCAUCCCACCAAUUCGUCCCUGUUAUUGACCUCCACCAGGUUCGGAACCAUUGCAUUACACGAUUUACGCCUACCAACAAAUCACACGGACAGUUUAAUAGAGCUUGUUCGCACAAAAACGCAUAGCCACAGGCAGAGCUUUUUACUUAGAAAGUGCCAUGAUGUCAAGUCUGGUGCCACUAAGAUCAAACGAUCCAAUGUCAGUGUGACAUCUCUGGCUUGGACAGAACAUAAUGAGUACACUGCCAUUUCCGGUGGCGAAGCAGACUCUCAAUUGAAAUUUUGGGAUCUCAGGAGUCUUGUUUCUCGUAACAGACAGACCCCUACCUGUAUUGUAGAACCCCCGCCAUCUCCCAGUGGCCGUAAGUUUGGCAUCACCUCAAUUGUCGCUGAUCCUGAAGAUAGAAAGAUUUGGGCUCUAUGCCGAAACGGCGUUAUCUAUUCGUACCAUCUGGCGGCUCCUGAGCUCGGUUUGGUAGACGAACUUGCAUCUGAAGACCUCUCUGUUACGUCUUUUUACUGCAAACUGGCAGUUAUCAACCCCAUUAACAGCAACCGCAUCGCCGGCAAGUACCUAGCAUGCGGUGGUGAAAGAGGACUCACUCUUUUCUCCAAACCAAACACUGCAUCAUCAACAAGCCAUUCUGUGCUCCUCAAAAACGGCCAUUCCAGAGAAACCACCGGCGUUUCGUACCAGCAAUGCUCGGACUCGCUCAUGAGCAUCUCUGACGACAUGACUCUCCGCUUCUGGCGGCCUGACGAGACUCUUUACAAACAACUUCGCGAUCAAAAACUGGGCCUCGAGUCCAACUCCCCUAACAGCGACGGUGCUGGCUGGACUGAGAUUGUAUAA